AUGGCGAGCGACGAAAAAUCGAUGUUGCCGUCACACUCGGCAGAGCCAAGUUCUCGCAAGGUGAAGCGAAGGAGAGUCAUCAUUGUCGGUUCAGUCAUGGGAGUCAUCGCCAUCGCGCUGGCCGUUGGCCUUGGUGUUGGACUUACUGUAGGCAGGCCUACACACAGACGCCCUCCACCGGCACCCUCAUCUACACCCACGACUAUUGGCAGUGGCGGCUCUCAAGGCUCGGCCUCAAUAUGGAAACCAACCGCUGGGUUGAGCUGGGACUACGAUAUUCUUGGACCGGUCAAGUCGACUAACGCGAACGGGGUGGUGGUGCACGACAUCGAUCUUUGGGACAACGAAGCAAGCACUGUCAUCGCACUCAAGUCUCAGAAGGUGGAGAAUCAAGACGUCAAAGUCAUAUGCUACUUCUCUGCCGGCACAAGUGAGGAUUGGCGGGACGACGACAAUCAGUUCACCGACUCCGACAAAGGAUCUUCAUUGCCCGACUGGCCUGGAGAGCGAUGGCUCAAGACAAGCAGUCCUACCGUACGCAAAGUCAUGGAAUCGAGGCUAGAUCAGGCGGUGCAGAAGGGCUGCAACGCUGUGGAUCCAGACAACGUCGACGGCUUUGAUAACGACAAUGGACUGGGCCUGACCAAAGAAGAUGCCAUCGAUUAUGUGACCUUCCUGGCAAAUGCCGCACAUAGCCGGAAUCUCGCCGUUGGACUGAAGAAUGCUGGAUCUAUCAUCCCAGAGGUUCUCAACCUUGUCGACUUCAGCGUCAACGAGGAGUGCUUGCAAUACGAUGAAUGCGAGAGCUUCGCGCCGUUCAUUCAGCAGAACAAGCCAGUCUUCCACGUCGAGUACCCCAAAGGCGGCGACGUCAGCAACACCGUCAAUGUGGCCAGCUCAGAGCUCAACGGCAUCUGCGAUGACAGCACUGCGAAAGGCUUCUCUACGAUCGUCAAGAACAUCAAUCUCGAUACCUUCCUUCAAGAGUGUCCGGCAUCAUGA